CGACGGCAGGGCAGGGCCGGGCCCGCGCAUCCCCUCAGAGCCGGCGCCAUGGACAGCAGCGGCAAGGAGCGCGAGGCGGUGCAGCUCAUGGCCGAGGCCGAGAAGCGGGUCAAGUCCUCGCACUCCUUCCUCAGGGGGCUCUUCGGAGGAAAUUCAAAGGUAGAAGAAGCCUGUGAAAUGUACACCAGGGCUGCAAACUUGUUCAAGAUCGCCAAAAACUGGAAUGCUGCAGGAAAUGCAUUUUGUCAGGCAGCUAAGCUCCAUAUGCAGCUACAGAGUAAACAUGAUGCAGCCAUCGGUUUUGUGGAUGCUGGGAAUGCUUACAAAAAGGCAGAUCCACAAGAGGCUAUGAACUGCUUAAAUGCAGCCAUCGAUAUUUACACAGACCUGGGCCGAUUUACUAUUGCUGCCAAGCAUCACAUCACCAUUGCAGAGAUUUAUGAGACUGAACUGGUAGAUAUUGAAAAGGCAAUUGCACAUUAUGAACAAGCUGCAGAUUACUACAAAGGAGAAGAAUCCAACAGUUCAGCUAACCGGUGUCUGCUGAAGGUGGCUGCAUAUGCUGCUCAGUUAGAGCAGUACCAGAAGGCAAUUGAAAUCUACGAGCAGGUUGGAACAAGUACCAUGGAUAAUCCUUUGCUCAAGUACAGCGCAAAAGAGUAUUUCUUUAAAGCUGCUCUCUGCCACUUCAUUGUGGAUGAGUUGAAUGCUAAGCUUGCUCUUGAGAAGUAUGAAGAAAUGUUCCCAGCAUUCACAGAUUCGAGAGAGUGCAAGCUAGUGAAAAAACUGCUGGAAGCCCAUGAGGACCAAAACUGUGAAGCGUACACUGAGGCAGUUAAGGAAUUUGAUUCCAUAUCUCGCUUGGAUCAGUGGCUUACGACUAUGUUGCUUCGCAUCAAAAAAUCACUUCAAGGAGAUGGUGAUGGAGACCUAAAGUGAAUUAUUUGUGGUAUAUGUGGCAUGUUGCCUAACUCCUAAAUAAUCUGUUUUUGUGUAAUGGCCAGGGACCAUUAUGGGAUACUUGACAGUACACCUAGCUUAAUUUUGUUGCUUAUGAACCAAAUGACCUGUAUUGUUAGUAUCCUGGUGUCUUUUUGAUGACAUGGAUGGAUAAGAAAUGAUACUCCUAGGUGUUGCUGACAGAUCUUCCGUAUGUGAGAGCAAUAGAGGGAUUCACAAGACUUUUGAGAUCAGUGAAAGAAAUGCUUGGGGCAAAAAUCUUUAUUUUUAGUAGCUGAUGAGCCAAAAGUCUUUAAUUUUAACAUUUUUUUUGCUGCCAUUUCUCUACUAGCUCAUCGUCUUCAACAUUUUUGAUCCAUGCUUGUAAAUAUCUGUCCAUGACAUACAGUACACGCAAUAUUUUCUGAUAUGAUGCUAACGUAUUGCUAAAGUUCUGUGUUUUUAAUGGACCUUAGUGAGACAUGUAGAUUUUUGUUUUUAAAAUUGACAGAGCUAUUUUAAUGAUGACAGUGAAAUGCUUGUGAUUUUUAGAUACAGUGUGUAUGUGUAUAUACUAUACAGAUACAGGUGUGCAAGAAUAAAUACAUAAUGGCUUGGGUCUAAAAACACUAAUCUUCAUAGGUGAGGGGUCUGCAUAUAUCAUCAAUUACCUUCUCCCAAACCAUUCAUUAAAUAGGACCUAGCUUAUCAUGUAUUUUCUAUUUAAGAACUAUAUAUGAAAUGUAAGUUUCUUCUAUUUUUUUCUUGGAUAUAUUUUUCCACUUAUGUUAUGUUUUGGUGCAUACCAUCUCUCCUGCCCUAAGAUGACUUUAACAGGUAAUAAUAUAUUUUUCUAACUUUUCAUUUACCUAAGUUCCUGCUAUUGUCUUUGCUGCAGGUUUUUUGUAUAUUCCAGAACACGAUUUCUUUCCCUUUGUGCUGUUGGCAAAGCUGUGUCAGUAGUUAUUGAAUUAGGCUUUAUCUUAGCUAAGCUACCCUCCUUCAGCACUGCUGGACAACAGCUUGCCCAGGCUUGUUUUAAAACUAUGUAGAAAUUAAAAAUGGUCUUGAAGAAUGUGUGUGAAUCCCAGUUUGUGUGUGUGUGUGUGUGUGUGUGUGUGUAGAUCCUAGUUUCAAUGGAGAUAAGUAGACAAGCUACCUAUAUUCAAUAUAUGUAUGACAGUAAGAUAGGCUCAUGACCAUAUGCAGUUUCAAUGUUAUGGCUUAAUAUUUCAGUGCAGUUCCAAUAAGCUGUAGAAAUUAUUUCAUUCUUAUGUCACCAGUGCUGCUUACAUAAUGAAAGAGUACUAGCUUUAUUUUGCAUAAAUGCAGCUAGUCAUUUGACCUUUUAAAUAUUGGAUACUUUAACGUAGGAAAACACUAGUAUCCCAUAGUUGGUAUCUGUACUGCUACUAUCUAUGGCCUAGGUUGGUCUUUGAUUUCUUUUGGAGGAAAGACCUGCUACAAAUAUGCAUGGACCUACCCACAUUCCAGACAGGGUACUAGCUGGCUUUCAUUUUUGUCAUCUUUAUGAAUAUCUGUUUUUUGUUUGUGCUGCUAGCUUUUGGGAUUGAAUGGCUAUUGCCUGACGUACAGUAACAGCAUUUGUUUACAGAACAUGUCAGAUAGGAGACCAAAUGAUAUAACACAUUCCAGGAAAGAUUGUUUUUUAUCGACUCAUCAUUGAAAUUGUACAAAAUAGUUUUCUCCCUCCUCGAGAAUUUAGGUUUGUCGGAUGGAGAUGUGUGGCCAAAAGGGGACUGGGAGGAGCUGGCUCUGAUGAGCAACAGACUCAAAUGUGUUAGGAAAUGUUAAAAAGCUGCAACUUGUGCGAUUAACACUUGCUUACAGUGGCUGGUCCCAUUAGAAAUGGCUGACUUGGAUCUCCCUCUAGGGGAACCAUGCCUGAACAAAUCCGACUCUUCUUUAAACAUAAUUCUAUCAUGUGGCUACAGCCUACAGCUAUGGAAGGGGUUUUUCUGUCACUGUAGGAAAACCAUGGCCCUGAGCACUAGCACAUAAACUGAUAAUAGCAUUCCCCUGUUGAUCUAACUGCAUCUACAGGAGGGUUAGGUCACCAGAGCUGUUGCUCAGGGGUGGAUUUGUCACACCUGCGUGCUGUAUCUGUGUAGAGAAUCAGCUGAAGCUGAGUCAAUACAGACAACCCAGAGAGGAAAAUAUAUGCAUGCUUAUUUAGAAAAACAAAAGGCUACAGUAGUCCUAAAUAUUUGAAAAAGCACUUGUAGAAGAAGAAAUGAGGUGUCAAGCUUUGUUUAGUAGAGGGGCAUUAGUUUUUUCAAGUUUCAUAACUUUCCUUAUUCAGAAAGGAACAUAGUUCUUGAUUACAUAUAGUCUUGCCAUAGUACAUAUAAUUUGAGAUCAGAUAAAACACAGUUCAGCCAAGUUUAGUGAAAAUCCUACACAGGUAUCACCACAUGAGGCACAUUUUGUUAAUACAGAAAUUGUGGAAUUUUUUUAAACAUAUCUUGGCACUGGUUACAUUUUACUUUGUGUGGUUAAUUUAUUUUUCCAGGACCUAAAAACACAGUAUUUUUGCACAAUUAUGAUAGUAUGCAUAAAUUGCUGCUGAUGUACCAGAACUCUAUGUACUAAUCUGUGAUCUGUUAUUAAUGCACUCUAUAAUGUAGUAGUUUUGUCUAAAUGCAAACCUUGGUGAUUUUGUAUAGCAGCAUGUCAUCUGUAAUGUAAUUAUUUGUUGUAAGCUGUGAUAUACCAGUUUUCAAAUCAUGUAAAUCAUAAAGCAAAUCUGUCAGGGUGUUAUUUUUCCUUCCCCUGGGUCAAGAAUCUGUACUAUGAAAACUAAUAAUGAAAUGGCCUUAGCAGGAACAGAUUGUUUUGUGUGAACCAGUACAGUAAUAA